AUGGAGUCUAAAAUCAUCGUAUCAAAUAUAACAAUGAUUGAAUUAAAUAUAACAAUGAUUGAAUCAAAUAUAACAAUUAAAGAUCAAAUACAAAGAAAUGUUUUUGCACCUGUUCAAGUAACACCCGAUCGAACGGGUUUAUUUAUAGCAUUAUUUUUAUUAUUUCUUCUUUUUAUUCUUAUAUCAUAUUUAUUCUACAAUUUUUUUUCAUUUAAACGGUUUACUUCUCAACAUAAUAAUAUUCAAAAUAAUUUCAUUGAUCAAAAUCUCAAUAAUAAAAUUAUUCUUGAUGAUAAUGAUGAUCUUAUUAAUAAUAAUGGAGAAAUUAUUUUUAGACGUCAAAGUUCAUUUUCUGAUUGUGGAACAUCAUUACGUUCAUCAUCAAUACGUUCACAUGUACAUCAACGUACUAAACGAAAUAGUUCAUAUAAAUAUUGUUCACAAACAUCAAAUUAUCUUUUAACGCCAUGUUUAUCAUCUCAAAUAGUAACAAAUGCUGAUGAAUGUUUACCGACAACAAUUAUUGUUGAACCAAAUGAUGCUCAAUUAGCUAAUGCAUUAUCUCGUUCGAUAUCAAAAUAUUAUGAACGUAGAAGAAAACCAAUAUUAAAACGUCGUACUCGUUCAUAUGAAGACAUAGCAAUACAACCUAAUAAAAAAAGACUUCCAUUACAAGCGACAGCUUCAUUACCUAUUCGUCGAAAUUUACAACAAACAGAUAAAACUAAUCGACAAUGUCAAAGACGACUAUCAUCUAGAAAAAAACCAACUACGAUCUAUGAAUUAUAUAAAUCAGACAGAAUGAGAAUUGCUAAUCUACUCGUUUCCGAUACUUAA